AGAAGAAGAAGAAGCCACUUCCGCCUGGCGAGAGACGGUCGAACGGAAACAGGACGCACUGCGCAUGUGUGAGAAAUCCAGCGAGCUGCUCUCUGUUUGUCAUUAUUAGUGCACGUAGAUUAGAAAACACUGUAGUUGACGCUGCACUACUAUGCGGUGACGAAAUAGGUUAUUAUAUAUGCAUUGUCACUCCGUCUGAGCCGACCGAGUGGGCAUAAGGCAAAAGUAUUUAAAUCAACGGUGCAGCUGUAAAGCUAACGAGCACUAGCAAAGCUAAGCUAGCUGAGCCAAGAUGGACGAAUCUGCUGCCGCGGCGAUUCCAGAGGACGGAGGUGAAAACAGUGAAAAUAGCACCCGCCAUGGCGACAGGACACCAGAGGACGACGUGGGACCAUCAAUCGAAGACACCGACGAUGGGGUUGGGGUUUUCUGCUGUCAGGAUUGUGGAGAAGCCUUCAGGGAGGAGGCCGCCUACUCGGAGCAUCGCCAGCAGCACCCACACUUAGAAGACCAUUUGGAUGCUUUACGUGACACACAGAAGGACAAUGAAACACCUCAUUACUGUUUGUUAUGUUCAGCCUCAUUUGUCGAACAAAGUGAAUUUGAGCGUCACAUGAAGAAGAACCAUGAGGAAAUUUCCCAGAAGGAGUCUGGAGUUCAGAAAAAUGCAACAAAGCAGCAGCAAACCUACGAAUGUCCAGACUGUGGGAAAUCUUACUGUGUGAUCGGACAUUUUCUCAACCACAUGCGCUCACACAGACAACCUGUGAAAUCGGUUUUUAAUGACCUCGAGCACUUGAAAAAGAAGUCGUUCCAGUGCGAGUCUUGCGGGCGGAAUUAUUCUCGUGCUUCGGCUCUUGACGCCCACCGUCGGUGUCAUGAGGAAAAACUGGUAAAGUCUAAAAACAAGAGUCCAGGAGAUGCGGCUCAAACCGGAGAGCCCGUCACCGAAAACAAACCCAGCGAAAAUCAGACGGAACGCACUCCUGAAAAACUUUUUAAGUGUUCAUGUGGCAAAGCCUUUUCCGCCCCGAUGCGCCUUAAGACGCAUCAGCGAUUUAGCCGCAACAACCAGUGCUCCGGAGAAGUGAAACAAAAGCCGAAGAAAAGCAACAGCUGCAGUGAAUUUUACUGUAGUGAGUGCAAAAAGAAUUUCAGUGGCCACAUAGCCCUUUACAACCAUCAGCGGUGGCACGCUAAUCACUCAGAUGAUUCAGCAAAGAGGUUUCCGUGUGAGGAGUGUGGAAAAGUAUUCAUGACUCUAACGUUCUACUACAGGCAUCAGCGCAUGGCACACAGCGAGGAGACCCCAGCCAAGUCAUUUCUUCACCAGGUGUGUCAGCUGCAGAAGAAAGCAUUUGAAUGUAAACACUGUGGGCUGAAGUUUUCUAGGGCUUCAGCCCUCCAUUCCCAUCAGCUUCACCACACAGAGGAAGAAACGGAGAAGGAGGCCCAGGGGCACGCGUCUCUGCAACCUCAAGACAAAGCACCGGAAAUGGUGGUGAAAGAAAUCCAGUACUUGGAGGCUUCUUCUGAGGGACAAGUGGAGUCGGAGAGUUUGACUCCUACCAAUGUGGUGGAAGAACCACAUGUGGAGGAGAACGACGACGACAUGGAGAGUUAUGAACCCGGGGACUUUAACGUACAGGUGAUCAGUGCGAGUGAAUCUGAGGACGAGCCCGUCCAGGACCUGAAUCCCGAUCUUGAGCUCCUGUGCGAAUCGGACCAGGAAGUAAAAGACGACGGCGACGCUGAAGUGUCAAACAGACCGGAGAUGGAUUUGAAAAUUGUGCAAAUUGACUUUGAGCAAGCCGACGAGCAGUGUGCACUCAUAGCGAGGGAGGCCGAGAAUAACGCAGCAGAGGAAAGAUUUGAUUGUCCAGAUUGUUACCGUUGGUUUUCUAAUCCUUCAUCGCUGCGCGUUCACAGAAUGUGGCAUGGCGUUCAUAAGAGGAGACAACAGACACAAGGUCAGUCAGUGGAAUUAUACACAUGUGACACGUGUGGCCAUGUAGCCGGUGACUAUGCAGCACACUGUAAUCACAUACAAACCCACAAUGAUCAAAACACGAGCGACAAUGUAUUGUAUGAGACAGAGGGAUCAGAUAAGAAAAACUUAACGUGCAAUGAGUGUGGUAAAUGUUUCUCCCGUAUGUCUGCUUUAGUCUCUCAUCGAAUGCAUCAUCCCAAAAGAAAACAGUUCCAGUGCCCAGAUUGCAUGAUGUCUUACUUGCAUGCAGCUAGCCUGUUUAACCACAUGAAAACUUGCUCAGCUCAAAAGAAGGAAAAUAUUUCCAUCACUAAGAGAGAAUACAAUCCAAAGAAAACCCUACUAGGCCCAAAGCUGUAUUAUUGUGAACGCUGCGGCAAAGGUUUUUGGUCUUUAGGGGCUUACUCCCACCACAAGCAAGGUCAAACGCAGUGUGCAGAUUUAAGGCUUAGAAAAGGCGCCGCAGGGUCUUUGCAUUCUCUUAACGGACACUCGCGCUCCAGUGUUAAGGUCGCGUGUCCGGUGUGCGGCAGAAAGUUCCGCCACAAGGGCACGAUGGCGUUGCACAUGCGCAAACACGAAAACGGGAAUCACAAAUGCGAACUGUGCAACCGGUCGUUCCGCCUUUUUUCCAGCCUCCUCAGGCACCAGGUGGUGCACAGCGACCAGUUGCUCCCGCCGCCCGUCAAGUCUUUUCAGCAUCAGGUCGAGCAGUUGAAGAAGAACACGUACAGCUGCCCCGACUGUGGGAAGCUGUUUUCGCGGGCCAAAGCGCUGCAGUUCCACAUGAAAAGCCACGGUUACGAAACUGGGCACGACCCAUCGUCGCCUCGAUCCGCGGCCGCGCUGGAGGACCUGCAGUGUGCCACGUGCCUCGCGCAUUUCAGCAACAAGGCCUCGUUGAGGGCUCAUCAGAAACUUUGCAUAAAAAGAGACAGCGAAACAGAUAAGAAGGCAGAACACUCCGGUAACGAUGACGAUAUGAUAUCGAACAGCGACAGCGUGGAUGCUAGCACACAGAUAAAAUCUGAGCAGAUAAAGGCAGAUAUUGGAGUGAAGAAAGAAAUAGACAAUGUGGAGCUUAAAUUGGAAAAUCACACAGGGCAAUACAGCAUAGAAACCGCAACAACAGAUGGUUCAAAAUACAAAUGCAACAAGUGCGACCGAAGCUUUUCAGUGAUCGGUGCUUUAAACCUUCAUAAAAGAGUUCAUAUUGAGAGUUACAAAUCCGUGCCAAAAACAAAGUUAUCCAUUUCCGUAGUGUUAAAGAAACCUAAACAAGAGGAGCCAGGCAAAGGGCUGUUCCACUGCUCAGAAUGCGGCAGGCGGUUCAUGUCCAACUCGGCCCUGGGCUCCCACAAACGAUGGCACAAAGUCGAGAAGUGUUCGCACUCGGCGCUUAAAGACGACGACUUCCAGUCCGUCAGCCACAAGACCGAGGACGGACGUUUUCAGUGCAAGAAAUGCGGCAAGCAGUUCUUUAACCAUCGCGUUCUCCAGCGCCACCUGAUGUUUAACCCCCAGUGUCAAACCAAAACCAAGCCAGAGGUGAAUUCGGACGAGCGCGUUGAGGUCGACGGCUCGUUGGAGCGGUUUUCGUGUCCGGAAUGCAGCCGGACGUUCGCGGACAGCUCACUUCUGGUGGCGCAUUACGAAAACGUCCACUGUGAAAGUCUGGGGGCUGCGGAGCGUCGGGGAGACGAGGCGUUAGAACCUCCCCCGGAGCAGAUUGGCAUAAAUUGCAGUGGGAGUGAGUCCGUGUCUUUAACACCGAAGCCAAAAGCUCACCAGUGUCCCCUCUGCUCUAUGACUUUUGCUAAAGCGAGAGGUUUGCGUGCCCAUAAAUGGCAGGCGCACUCAAAGAGGACCAAAGGCAAAAAUAAGACUCCUUUGCGUACAGUAGUAGAGCCCGCUGCAUCGGGCAGUGAAGUCAACAAGACACGAGAUUCGUCAGAUGUAGAAGACGCUGCAGCGGCAAUGACCGACGGCUCCGUCGGCAGAGGAAGGAAGCACGUCGGUCCAGCCGUCUCGCUGUUGAAAUUGGUCUCAUGCGUGGACUGUGGGAAGCGGUGCAUUUCCGCAGACGCCCUCCUUGACCAUAAGAAAGCGUGCAGGGAAGUAAAGCAAGAGCCUAAACUGGAGCUCCAGGCUCCCAAAGCCACAGCCGAGACCCCCCUCCCGCUCAGCCGCCUGUUAGAGCACACGGUCAAAUACCUCUUCAAAUGCGGGAAGUGCGGGAAAGCUUUCCAAACGGAGCAGCAGCUAGACGCCCACAAGACCAAGGCGAAGAGCCGCCCUUACUCUUGCGCUCUGUGCUGCAGCGGCUUUUGGACCGAGAACCUGCUGCAGCAGCACCUCGCCUGGCACGACGAGGUCCGCUGCCGCCUCCCGAACGAAGUCCGCUACAGGCUCAGCGCCGCUCUGACCUCGAAGCAACAAAAGCAAAACUUUUCCGCGUCCGACAGCACGGGGAAGCCUUUCCCGUCUGCUGCGUUAAACCGACCGUCGCCAAGCAGCCACAAGUGCCAACACUGCGGCAAAACCUUCCUCUCGCCGACUGCAUUACAAAAGCACAAAUCGGGACAGUGCAACAACAACGACUCGUACCACUGCUCCGUUUGUCCCAGGACCUUCAGCGAGAUACAAGACCUUAUCGAUCACCACCAGGAGUGUAUCAGUGAUUAUAGAAGCGACGCCCCUGCUGCGGUCUCAUCAGGAGACACCCACGGCCUUACCUGUCUCGAAUGCGGAACUACCUUUUGUCAGGAAACUGAUUUACACCAGCACUACAUAGAGCACGUCCACAGAGCGUAGGCCUAGAGACACUGAACAGAAACGUUGACACUGUAGAUUGUUAGGUGUCGUUUCUUUUAGAGACGACCAAAUGUAUUGAGCUGGAAAGUUCUGUGUUUGAUCUUUUAUUUGUCGUAGCGUACGUUCCUUUUUUUUUUUUUGGUUGCUAGUAUUUGAAAUUCUUAAUAUUUUAGUUUAUUUUUUUCCUUUUCUCAGGCUUUUCCUUGACACUGGACUAGUGUGUAUAUUAAUGCGAAACCGCCUUUGUACGAUUAUGUUGUCGUAAAUGUAGCGUUUAGACCCGUCUCCUUUUUCUUCAUUUUGCAUAGAGUUGUUUUGAAUGUCUGUUGAGCCUCAAUAAUCCCGUUGGGAAUCACUGUUAAUACUUAUCUUAAAAAAAAAAAAAAGACUUAAGCAUGUCUGUCUUCAUGCAUUUAAAGUUCCCAGGAAAAUGAAAUGAGCCGUCGUCCACCAACCUUUACUAAUUUUGCUCCUGUUAUUUGUAAUGCCUGGAGUUUUGAUGAAUGAAAUACUAUUUGCAUAUUUCACAGACGGAGAAACAUAUCUGAAAUUCAACAACGUGCAUAUUCCAAUCCUUUGUAAAAACAAAUUUUACAGUCUAACAGUUGCAUUUUAUGUAUGAUAGAUUGUUUAAUAAGCUCCAGCUUCUCUUUCCUUUUCAGUGUUAGAGUUCUGUGUCGUGGAAAUCUUUAAUUAAACUACAAUAGUGCUUACGUUCAUGUGGGGUAGUCGUCUGUAGGAGAAAUGUUAUUUUGCUAUAUCCACUGAUGAUUUUGUUUGUCCCUAGAUGAGAAUUAUACUACUACUUUAACUUGCUGUUUCAAAAACAACGAUGAAAGCUAAAAAAUAAACGCAUUAAUUUUGAAUGAA